CGACAAACUUCCCCUCGGUGACUCUACAAAAAGACAGUAUACUGCACCAUGAGUGUCCCCAAAGCGCCUCCCGGGCACUUCACGCUCCUAUACUUCGCCGCCUCGACGUCCUACACACAGAGGGAGCAUGAUUUCCUGCCUGCUCCCAUGCUGUUAAGUCAGCUUUAUGAUAGGCUUGACGAGCACUACCCGGGCAUCAGGGAAAAGGUGCUGUCGACUAGUGCGUUGACUGUGAACUUGGACUAUGUGGAUGUAGAAGAAGAAGCCGCGAAAGGUGAUGAAGGGCUUGCCCUUCAAGCUGGCGAUGAAGUAGCUAUCAUACCACCCGUCAGCGCUGGUUGAAACGGCUAUGUUGAUCAUGGGACAUCACCACUUCACCCCACGCCCACCACGGCGCCUCUUGCGUGUCCACUGGGUGCGUAUGCAUUAUUAGCACCAGUUUGGACUGUAACAAGUACACUAUUGCCGCCUUGCCAAUGGCGCCAAGUACAGCAUCACUCAUCGGCACAUUAGUCGUAGCCGCAGCCAUCAUCCGUGCUGGGCGCCGCGCUCAAAGCAAGUGGAGACUCCAUACUCCAGGACAUAUGUCCUGAUCAGGAAGCUGCGGUUUCCGCUUGGUUCGGCUGCCGGUCGAAGGCGUCCCAAGUUCGGAACAAAAAAAAACCAGCUUCACGGUCCAUCGGCUCAAACGCAUGUCAGGCAGCCAGUCAGUCGAGCCUUUUGAUAAGCAGGGGUCCAGCAUCGCGAACUUCUCGAUGCAAUUGGGCCAAGCACAAGGCAAUGUUUCUUCAUAUGGCAAGCGUUAUGUAGAUUGCUGGAUUUGUCCCGAGAUAACAGCAUGACCGAAUCUCGAAGGCUGUUCGAGAACUACAUCUAUUUUGCGGAUCUUGCAAGCCUGUCUGCAAAUCUAUUCACUUCUAUCCAGUCCUUCCGACACUGUUCCACUUCCGCUCCUGCUGAUACUGUUAUCAUCUCACAAGUGGCUCCCGAGCUCGCUUGCUCUCCAAUCUCGCACACAAGCCACGUCCCUACUGUCUUUUCCCCCUUCCGGAAUGUGAGUGCAUUCAGAAGACUUCCACUCCGAGAAAAACCCUCCUGAUACACCGGCCCAAUAUCCUUGAAGACUGCCUCGCUGAUGUCUUCACCACGAAGCCUAGAGUGAUUGCUUCCGACUUCACUCUCAAACAAUGGCUCUCGACAGCUAUGUUGCUCACUCACCUCACUCCUUCCUUCUUCAUCAUUACACUACACUACUUUGCCAAUAUCAUCCAAAACAUCACCACAAAGACCAUGCAAACAAUCACGCCUAGUAACAACACCACCCAGUACCGUUUUUCCCUCUUUGGCAGCCAGAUCUCAAUCUGUGUUUCUGUCCUGGCAGGCGGAGGCAAGAAAUCUCGAAAUGAUCUUGUUGUUGUUGCUGAAGUCGACUGUUGUAGGGUGCCGUAUUCUUCUGGUUGUGAACGGGGCAUGGCUUUCCACCUUUUCUUUUUU